AUGAAUAAAAAACACUUACGACGACCCAUGCGAAAACCCGGACAUGAUUUGUUUAUAGAUAGUCAGAAUUGGCCGCUCUUGGUGAAAAGCCCCCUCACCACGACAAGGUGGCGGCUGAUCGAGGGGGGACUGUCGCUUCGGCUUGGCAAUGGACUUGGACGACGAGCGUUAGGCCACGCCAAAAAGCCAAAGAAAAAAUUUUUUAUGACGUCGCAAUUUAAAACAGUGGUACCCCAGGGGGGUAGGGACGAGGUCCCGGAAUCCCCCCUCUGCGGAAAGCAGAGCUGCCCCACGGAUUCUGGGGGGGGCAAAACUGCGCAACAUUCGAAGCAAGGAUCGAACGUGUUGGUGGAGGAUGUAUUCCAACUGGAUUCUCCUCCGAGACUACACAGUCGGUUGAAUUUGAACAGCAGCUUUCAGCGAUGUAAUUCCUGGGAUAGCAGUAUGCAAAAGAAAAGGAAGUACGUAGAAGACAUUUCAUUCGAGAAAGAAGUAACUCGGAAAGAGGAAGACUCGAUAGCAACAACACUUCGGGACACUAUUAAGCAAGUAAUAAAACACAUUGAACAACUUGAAAAAAGAGUAGCAGAAAACACAAAUACCAAAAGAGAAAUAAAAGAAAUCACAAACUGUCUGAAAAGAGACGCAGAUGUCUUAAAGUAUGAUACGAUCAAAGACUGGCUCAAGAAACACAAAUAUAAGGAGGUGGAAUACCCCAAAUAUGACGUUGAUGUACAAACGGAAGGCCUAUAUAAAGAGGUAGCCGAAGUUGGAACCCAAACAGACAUGGAUAGCGAAGAAAUGAAGACAAUAAUCCGAGAAAAAAUAAACCAAAUCAUAAAGAAGGAGUCGGAGCCAACAGAAGAGGAGCUGGUAGAACUCCUAGAAGAAACAUGGAGCGAAGAAACAUUUGAAAAUGUGAAUCGAAAAGAAGGAAAUCCCCUGAAAAUCGCGAAAGAGUCAGAUCUAGCAAUAUUUACUACGGGGAAUGAGAAGGAUGUACAGGAAGGGCUCUACAGACAAUGCAACGAACGUUUUCCGGAACUGGUGGAAACAGAGGAAGGCGUUAUAAAUCACCAAAUAUAUGUAAGAAAAACAGGGAAAGAAAGCAAAAUUGAAAGAUGGGUAUACAAGCUAAAGAUAGAGGGAGAAGAGAAUACAGCAGUUCUUAAGAAGCUACAAGAACUCCGAGCACAAAUGAAAACGUACGAAAGAACAAAUGUCGUCCUACCAAAAGUAAGAAACAUAGAAACUUUAAGGCUAAGGAAGCUGGCAGAAAUCGCUUUCUACAAUGCCGAUGAGAAGAUCAUAAUAUAUGAACCAAAGAAGAAAAAGAAAAAAAAAUGGACAGGCAUAGAAAGAGAAGAAGAAAGUGGAAACAGAAACGUUAAAACAAAGGUUAGAGCGAGAGAGCAUAGCACAAACGCUCUAUUUGUAAAAAGAGGCAAUGAAAGCUACGCAGACUUGCUGAAGGAAGUUAAACAAGAAAUUUGCUCUACAAAUCUGGAAAUAAAGAUAGACGCAAUCAGAGAAACAAAGAACGGAGACCUGUUGGUAGCUGUGGAUAAAACCGAAGCUAACUUCGAAAAGAUAAAGGAAGUAUUGAGAAGUAAAAUGGGCCAGGACAAAGUCAGAAGUAAAGGGAUAGAAAAACCGGUAGUCCUGCAUGUACAGAGACUAGAUGCUGUAACAACAAAAGAAGAUACACAUGCGGCACUGAUGGAGGCGGUGAGAGAAAGCGUAAGCGAUCCAAAUGACAUAGAAGUGAGCAAUAUGAGACCGGCCUACGGAAACUGCCAGACGGCCACAAUUAAAGUGAGUAAAAAAGCUGCGGAUGUCUUGCUUCAGAAAGAUCGGGUACUGAUAGGACUAACGAGCUGCAAAAUAGUCGAGAGGCGUGACCUGAAGAAAUGCUAUAGAUGCUGGGAGUUGAAUCAUACUGCCGGGGAAUGCAAGGGAGUAGACAGGUCCAAAGCAUGUCUAAAAUGUGCGCAACUAGGACACUCGGUAAAGGAAUGCACAAAUGAGAGCUACUGUCCCAUCUGUAACAGGAAAGGACACAGAGCAGGAAACGCUAGCUGCCCUAAAUUUAGACGUGCCGUAGCACAAGAUCUAUUAGAAGCUACGGCCGCGAAACUGCAGAUAGAUGUUAUAGCCGUUUCGGAACCCAAUCGCAAGAUUAUAAGAUCGGAUAAAUGGAAAAAGGACUUGAGAGGUGACGCGGCCCUUAAAAUCAGAAAUCCCAAACUGGCUAACUAUGGCUCGGGUGGAGGUGAAGGGAAAUGCCUAGAUGACAUGGAGGACAGCAUACGUAGGACCAGAAAGAAAGUUCUUAUUACAGGCGACUUUAACGCCAAAUCGCCGGAGUGGGGUGGACCAGUAGAAGAUGAUAGGGGUACAAAAAUGUCGCAGUGGUUGGCGACACUUGGACUAGUCGUCUUAAAUGACGGUAGGGUCCCUACCUUCCGAAGAGGAACAUGCUCAUCAUAUCUAGACCUCACAAUUAUCUCGGACUGCGUAAUUAAGCAGGAUGUCACGUGGAAGGUGCUGGAAGAAGAGCCACUCAGUGACCACGCGUACGUGUACACGAGGAUAUCUGAACAAAGAAAACUCCUCGUCCAAAAAGAUGAAAAAUGCAGACGUAAAUGGGAUGGUAGUAAAAUCAAUAGAGAAAAAUUUGAGACGGCCAUGGCACUUCUUGCAGUGGAGGACACGGAGCGAACGGCAGAAUCAUGUGUGCAAAGGUUGCAAACGGCAUGCGCAGCAGCCAGCCCCUGUAAUAAAAGGAGCGUGCGGCAAGGCAGACGAGAAGUAUAUUGGUGGAGCGAUCAUAUCGCUGUGAAACGCCAGGAGUGCCUGUACAACAGGAGAACUAUGCUCCGGCUAGGGAAAAAAGGUGGCGCCAGUGACGCACAUAAAGUAGCAACCAUCGAUUAUAAAACUUCGAAAAAAGAGCUCAAUAAGGCGAUUCGGGUGGCUAAAGACGAGAAAUGGAAAGAGAUCUUGGAAGAGGUGGAAAAUGAUGUGUGGGGACAGGGAUAUCGCAUUGUUACGGGAAAAUUUUCCCAAAAAGAGGCAAUACCUAGCGACCUAAAGCUACAAAUUGCCAAAGAACUCUUCCCAAGAGCUGAAACAAAACGUUUUUCACGUUGCGUCGAAGACUUCGAAGAGAUAAGAGAGGAAGAAGUAAAGACAGCUGCGAGUAAAAUAAAGAGUAGAAAAGCGCCAGGACCGGACGGAAUCCCGCCGGAAGCCAUCCAAAUGGCAGCAAAUGUGGUCCCAGGAUAUCUAACGGGAAUUUUGAAUAAAUAUGCAGCAGCUGGAAAUGUUCCGGCACAAUGGAAAAAAGCGAGGCUAGUGCUGGUUAAAAAACCGAAGAGAGAAGGGAUGCGUCCCUCGGACUUUAGACCAUUGUGUCUGUUGGACACAAUGGGCAAAUUGUACGAGCAUGUGAUCGCUGACAGGCUCAGAAAUGGGCUGAGAGAAGGAGACGACCUAUCAGAGAAGCAAUAUGGCUUCAUGAAAGGCAGAUCAACAACCGACGCAAUAAAAGAAGUAUGUCAGACAGUUGAGGCGGAACUCAAGAAAUCAUCUAAGAGCCGUAAGCUGGUUGCACUAAUAGCCAUUGAUGUCGAAAACGCGUUUAACAGCGCACCAUGGAAUAAGAUUAUGGAAGAACUAUACAAAAAAAACCUACCUGGAUAUCUAGUUGCGACGGUGGGGAGCUACCUCGACAAAAGAAUGCUGGAGGUGGAUGACGGUGUCCUGAUGAGCGUAAACGCGGGUGUUCCACAAGGCAGUGUUCUUGGGCCCCUCCUAUGGAACGUACUUUACGACGGGGUCCUGAAAUUACCCUUAUGGUAUGGAGUCAAAGCUAUUGCGUAUGCUGAUGACUUAUUAAUAACAGCAACAGCUAAAGGGGAACAAGAGCUGAUGGAUGCAGUAAACAAUGCCCUGCAGAAGGUAUCUAAAUGGAUGCAAAAUAAGGGACUUAAGAUCGCUGCUCACAAAACGGAGGCGUUAAUGGCAGUUGGAAGGAAAAAGUAUACGGAAGUACACUUCGAAAUCGAAAACCAAAAGAUAAGACCAACGGAUAGGAUAAAGUAUUUGGGAGUCGUCAUAGAUAAAAGCCUUAGCUUCACAAAACAUCUAGAAUAUGUAUUACAUAAAGCAAGCGUGUCGGCGAUGGCUCUUAACCGGCUGAUGCCUAGACUGGGAGGAGCGGGGGAGAAAAAAAGAAGAAUAUUAGCAUCGGUUACCGAAUCUAUCAUGCUCUAUGCCGCUCCAGUGUGGAGAAAAGUGCUGAAGGUUGAAAAAUAUAACAAAAAGGCCGGCAGUGUACAACGCAAAGUCGCCCUGCGAAUCUGCAGGGGAUAUAGAACCAUUUCAACGGAAGCAGCUCGGGUCUUGUCAAGAAUGAUACCUCUGGACUUGCUAGCAGAGGAACGAGAGCACGCGAUGGGGAAAACGGAUCAAGAAAAGAAAUCUAUACGCGAAGGCACAAUCAGGAAAUGGCAGGAGCGAUGGUCCAUUAGCAGAGCAGACGUGUGGCUGCACAAGAUUCUCCCGGAUAUUACGAAGUGGUACCUAAGAGAACAAGGAGGAAUAGACUCGUAUAUGACACAGGCGUUUACUUCCCACGGAAGCUUUCAGAAAUACCUUCAUCGAAUUGGCAAAAGCGAAACGGAAACAUGCCAAUAUUGCACCCAAGAAAGUGAUGACGCAGAACACACCCUGUUUAAAUGUCCAAGAUGGAAAAAUGAGAGAGAGAAGGUUGAGAAAGCUGUAGGCGGCAAUAUUACGACCGGAAAUCUGAUAGACAUUAUGCUGCAGAAGAAGGAAAACCUCGAGAGUAUCAGGAAGUACAUCACCAGGAUAAUGAGCAAUAAGGAAGAAGACGAGCUAAAAAACGAAAGAAGAGAAAUGGACAACAUGAAUGGACAACAGAGGAUCUGA